AUGAAGAAGCUGUAUCUGCUCUUGGCCUUCUUGUUGCUUGCAGCUUGCUGCAGAGCGGACGACGAGGAGUGGGGAAGCAGCCACGACCACCACCAGUGCUCUCCCGAGCUGGGCUCUUUCUUUGAGGUGCCUCUGCACGGUGUCUUUACUGAGUCCUACUACGGCUCAGAGUUGAAGCUGUGUGAGUACACAAAUGGCUUCCUCAAAGGCGUCUACGGAAAGGGAGCAGUGUUUGAAGGCGAACCGACAAUCGUCCACGGAUUUAUCAGGGGCUGGAGAUCCGAGUACUUUGCAGCAGGGACGUAUACUGAGUUGUACCUGGAUAGCACCUCUGAUUCUGGCAACUGGUUCGGCAUGAUUGAAGACAAUGGCCGCUUCUUCAAUGGCUCUACAAAUGAUGAUAUAGGCUUCCUUUCCGCCCCUUGGAGCUUCACCCAUGUGCGCAAGGGUAGGUCCUGCUGGGAACAUGGAUUGCCCUCUGCCAAACUCACCCUUCACAUCACAGGUCAAUGCUUCUGCCCGGAGAAGAUCGAUUACUCGUUCCCUAUCGUUGUGCCCACCCCUUCGUCCUAG